ACAGGCGCUGUGGUUUUAGCCUAUACUCCCGUUAUCCACUUCAUGUGCCAAACAAAAUUGAUAAUAAUGCAUUUCAUGUUCAUUGAAUCUGGAUUUUUGUUAAUUCCAAAUGCUCUUUUCAAUGGAUCAAACAUAAAAUAAAACACAACGAUUCUUGAAGACUGAUGAAUAUUCUAUGCGAUAUAUGCGUGCAUGCAGACGAACAAAAAUUAUCCUAUCGAACCAGUAGACCUAUUGCAUGCAGUUUGAAGUGAUUUCCGAUGGAUUUUAAUUUAAACUUCCUGCAGUUUAAUAAUAGUUCAGUUGAACAUGCUCAACAAAGAGACAGUCUCCAAACGUGCUGUUUCUAAUGGAAGGUGCUAGUAGAAAUCUGUGGACAGACGAUCCACAUCUUUCGCAUCUCAUUGCUGAUAAUCUUCUGAAUGCUGUUGGUGACCCACAAAAUCAGCGACUGAAAAGACACAUUUUGGAUGUUCUGGAUCGUCUGAAAUCGGUUGGUAACCAGGUUGAAAUCAUAAGAUCUGGAAGUUGUGCAGAAGGUUUUCGUAUAAAAGGAUCAGACGUUGACCAAAUGUAUGUCGAUAAAUUGACUAAAGUUGUAAGUGUUACUCCAGAAAAUGUGGGAAAAUAUCUUGCUGUGGUUAAAAUGGUAAACCCUCCAGGUAUUCCCCCGGGCUAUUUCAAACUUAUUGUUCUGACACCUUGUACGCCUCUUUCGCACAUUCGGGAUGCAACGAGGAAGAUGUGUGGAGAGUAUUAUCUAUCGAAUGAAGCAUUCUUACAAACCUUCCAACAAUCUUCGAAAGGUGGCGUUCGUCACGGACCCUGUGUAUUGGAGACGGACGAUCUAGGAACAGAUCACGAUAGGGCCUUUUGCUUGGAAUACAAAGAAUGGCCGAAAUGCGCAGACGAAUGGAUCAUCAGAAGAAGAGCACAUGGAUGGCCCUCUGAAGAACUAGUCAGCAGGAUAAAGAGCAAUGGAUGUCAUUUAAUGGCAAUAGGAUCAAAGCAACUUCAUGAGAACUAUGCAGACUGUACUAUGUCUGAUAAAUCAGAGUGGAUACAAGACCCAUUACAAUGGAGAUUAUCCUUUUCCGUCGCUGAGAAGACAUUGGUGUACGCCUUCAAUGACACUCAGUUUUUGACGUAUGGUAUAUUCAAACUUUUGAAUCAGGAGGUCUUCUCAAGAGAUCCUAUCCUGAAAAGCGGUCUUUGCUCUUAUUUCCUUAAAACUGCCUUGUAUUGGACAAUUGAAGAGACACCAUCCGACUAUUGGACGCCCGAGCAUCUAGUGUUUUGUGUUGAUAUUUGCUUUCAAAGACUGAUUUCAUGGGUGGAGACUGGAUUCUGUCCAAACUAUUUCAUCAGAGAAAAUAAUAUGUUUUUAGGAAAAGUACAAGAAUGGCAGUUGGCAUAUAUAUCUUCUCGGCUAUCUGAAAUACACAACGAAGGCUGGCGAUGCUUGCUUAAAUGUCAUUCUCUGUCUCAUCUUAAAAAGGCUUUGGAAUGUGCUAGACAACAGAUAACACCACAUUCUUUUCCAAUUUCGAACCCAGAGGAAGACUAUAAAAUUCUUGUGUCAUCUUUCAGCAGAUCUGUAAGUAGAACACGCAAAGAAGAUAUUCUCGAUUGUGGACUGUUUAGUGAAAUAUUUGCACUACAUCCAAAAAUGCCGUCUUUAGAUAUACUUGAAUUAGAACUCAAGAAUUCCCUGACAUUAGAAAUAAAAGAAAAUAUGGAUUCUUCAGAUAUGGACAUUAUAAGGUUACGUCGCUACCAAAAUCUUUCACAGCUUGCAUUGAUAUACCUGAAUAUUUCACUAACAAAAUGUACAACUCGGGACCGCUAUAAAUACAUUAGGAAAGCAUUUUGCUACUUGAAUCACGCCCAAUAUGCGGAUAUCAGCAAAGGGAAUCUUACACUAGCUACUGCUCAUUAUUGUCUUGGAAGAUUUUCAGCAGCUCUAACAUGUAUCAAAGAGUAUGACAAAGUUUUAGAAACUGGUCUGGGAUACAUAUACUGCAGCAGUCGUCACGGUGUCCAAACGUUUGGGAAUUAUGAGGAAAAUAUGUGUGGACAAGGAUUCAGUACCAUGGAAAAAGCAUCACUUGCAGUUUCAUAUGAUUUCGAAAUCUUUAGGAUGAUGCCUCUCGUACCAAUUGAAAUAGCCCUGGAAGUGGUCAUGAUGAAAAACACAGAUUCUCGUGUUGUCAUCCCUCCAAAACUGUACUCUGUGUUUCUGAAAACACUUUGUUAUUCAAACAUGAGCAAUCUGAAGGUGGUGGAGGAAUUGUCACUAACAUUGAGAGACUGUCUAGCGUUCACUAACCGGAUCAACAGGCAUUUAAACUACAUCAUGCUUGCAGUUACAGCAAUCAAGUUAGGCAAAUAUGAAGAUGCGUUGCGAUAUUACUGUUUGGCCCACAAUUGCAAGCGGAUCCUCAUCAUGAAGAAUUCUGGCUUCCCCGAGUGGUACUCCAGGACCUCCUGUUUAUUCUACAUUGCACAGUUGCUUAGAAUGUUGGUAUGAUACCGCUAACAAGACGGAAACUAUCUACAGUGACAGAUACUCUUUACAUAUUUAUAAGACGGAAACUGUCUACAGUGACAGAUACUCUUUACGUAUUUAUGACGUAAUGUUUAUUAUGGGACUUAUAUUUAAUACAUAAGGUGAAGAUAACGAACAAGUGAUCAAUCUCAUAACUCCUACAAGCAAUACAAAAUAGAUAGUUGGGCAAACACGGACCCCUGACACACCAGAGGUGGGAUCAGGUGCCUAGGAGGAGUAUUUAAUACAUAAAGUAACAUUUGCAUUUUGUAAACAAUCGGCACUAAACUAGGAUUUAACAUUUAACCUGCAAAUAUUGUCAACAACGAAAAUCCGUAUUUACUCGCUUUCAGACAAUCGAUGCUGAUUUUGUAAUAUUUACAAAGAUCGAUGAAACAGAAAAUAUUAUUUGUAUUAGGUAAAUAUCAGAGAAAUACAUGAUUUCAAAAUGAUAAACUUCAUUUUGAUUUGACAAAGAAGAGAACAAGCAACUCGACUUCUGGUAGCAUUAAUGCUGCAUGUAGCUUCAGUUGCGUUUACUAGCAUUGACCCAGAUUAAUAGGAUAGGAUCAGUAUGGCUAGCAUUCAGUCAGCAGGCUUCGUUAUCAUUCAACAUCAGCAAGCAAACCAUUGUAAAAUGAGAUCAGUUGGUUGUUCUUUGUCGUCCUGUCAAAAAUUUACACUCAUAUUGAGACAUCACCAGCUGUAGAUCAAGUACCACAAAUGUAGACCCAUGCUUAGCGCUCUGGGACGUAGCAAUGAGGGUUAUUUAACAUGCCAACGCCUGCCGCGACAAGGGACCCCUGUUUUAAGGUCAUAUCCGCUCUACCAUUGAGCUACCGCGACCUAAUGCUGUAACAGAAUUAUAUCCGUGCAUUGUAAAUGCAUCUGGUGGUUAUGGCAAUGCAUAUAGCUAUCGAGAACAAUCAGAGUUUGUUAACUUCAACUAUCUGUAUCCAUAUACUGGAGAAAACUUCAUGUUUAUACAAUCUGAACAACAUGAAAAUAUCUAGGAUUAGUAUGAGGAAGUUAAGGUUUAUAUCUAUUAUCAGGAAACAUUGAUAAGCUGGAUAUUUUUGUAACUGUUGGGCAAAUAUUGUAAAAUAAUUUUAUUUCAAGGAAUUUUGAUAUUUCUAAAAAAUAAGGUUUAAUGU